AUGGCCGUCGACUAUCGCCAUGGCCUCUCUAUCUUCGCCCUCCUCGUCUACAUCCCCACCCUUUUCAUCGCCCUGUGGAUGGCAUUUCACCAUGGCUUCACCAGGAGCGCGGGCUGGAUCUUCUUCGCCAUCUUCUCCCUCAUCCAAGUGAUCGGAUCAUGCUGCUACCUCGCGACAAUCAGCAACCCAAUCUCCGAGAACCUCUACAUCACCUGGGCCGUGUGCAGCUCCAUCGCGCUCUCGCCCAUGAUCCAAGCCUGUAUCAGCAUUCUAUCUAGAGUCAACGACUCCAUCAAACGCACAGCCAGCCACUCUAUCCACCCUUUUAUCUUCAAAGCAACAGGAACCAUCACCCUCAUUGCUAUCAUACUCAGCAUCGUCGGCACCACCCAAACCACCGAUUUCAUGCACAACAUGUCCAACUCCAAGACUAAAGCCAGUCUGGUCCUGUUCCUGGUUGCGUGGUUGGGGCUUGGUAUCCUGCUUCUUCUCGUUGGCGCACGUUUCUCCAGCAUUGAGGCCGGUGAACACCGUCUGUUGUUUGCUGUUAGCGUCUCGAUGCCGCUUAUUCUGAUCCGCCUUGUGUAUUCCUAUUUGUCUGUUUUUGGACAGAGGAGGGAUUUUAACAUGUUCACCGGGAAUGUGACUAUUAUGCUGGUGAUGGUUGUGUUGGAGCAGAUUGGAGUUGUGGUGGUGUGUUUGGGGUUUGGGUUGACGCUGGACAGAAAGGAGGAUGUUGUUACAACAUCGUAUCGAGCGUCAUAA